UUCCUUUAUGCAAACAGCAAAGCACAGCAGACAGAGAGAGACAUUUUCCAUCUUCCAUUAGAGUGAGAGAGACGUUACUUAACACCGCCACCCAGAAACUUCCGGUCACCCCUCUCACAAAUCCCGGUUUAUUUUUACAUUUCCCGGUAACUAACCACCGGUUCUUUCCUCCCCGCGGUUACUUUUCCGUCCACAACAACUCUUAUGUUCUAACAUUUAAUUUAAUGGUUUCUAAAUCCUCUCUUAAACAACACUCUUGCUCACUUGCUUCUACUUUUCUUCAACUUUACUUCUUCCUUAUUGUUUCUCUUCCAAGUCGUUUCUAGGGUUUGCUCUACACUCCAUUGUUCAAGCUUACUCUGAAGUUUAGUUCUACUUUCCUUCUCCAAAUUUGUACUCUUUAACAUUCUUAUUGAGUUUUUCCAAGCUCAAUUUUAGAUGGGUGCUUAGUUGAGAAUUUUUAUCCAAAAUGGAAGUUUUUCUUGUGUGCUUGUUUUCGCUGCUUCUGGUGAAAGUGAGUUCAGUGAACCCAUCUCUAAACGAUGACGUUUUGGGGUUGAUUGUGUUCAAAGCAGAUAUACAAGAUCCAAAGGGAAAAUUAACAUCUUGGAACGAAGACGAUGAAAGUGCGUGUGGUGGUAGUUGGGUUGGUGUGAAAUGCAACCCUAGAUCCAACAGGGUUGUAGAGAUUAACCUUAAUGGGUUUUCUUUAUCCGGAAGAAUAGGUCGUGGUUUACAACGCUUGCAGUUUCUUCGUAGGCUUUAUUUGGCGAACAAUAAUCUCACUGGGAACAUAGCCCCUAAUAUUGCUAUCAUUGACAACCUUAGGGUUCUUGAUUUGAGUAAAAAUAAUCUUUCAGGGGUUGUUCCUGAUGAUUUUUUUCGACAAUGUGGGUCUAUGAGAGUUGUUUCUUUGGCAGGGAACAUGUUUUCUGGGAACAUACCUUCUAGUUUAGGGUCGUGUUCAGCUAUUGCUACUAUUGACCUUUCUUUUAACCAGUUUUCGGGUUCUGUUCCUAAGGAAGUUUGGACUUUGAGUGGACUAAGGUCACUUGAUUUGUCUGAUAAUUUGUUGGAAGGUGAUAUUCCUCAAGAUGUUACGGCUUUGAAGAAUUUGAGGAGUAUUAACUUGGCGAGGAAUAGCUUUUCCGGGAAGAUUCCUAAUGGGUUUGGAAGUUGUUUGCUUUUGAGGUCUAUUGAUUUUGGUGACAAUUCUUUCACUGGUGGUUUACCUAUUGAUUUGAAAGGAUUGGUGUUGUGUGGUUACUUUAGUUUGCGUGGAAAUGCUUUUUCAGGAGAUGUUCCUGAGUGGAUUGGUGAGAUGAAGGGUCUUCAGACAUUGGAUCUUUCUAUGAAUAGAUUUUCUGGGUUGGUGCCGAACUCUUUAGGAAACCUUUGGUCAUUGAAAAGAUUGAAUCUUUCUGCAAAUGGUUUCACUGGUAACCUUCCCGAGUCUAUGGCGAAUUGCACGAAUCUAUUGGCCUUGGAUGUUAGCCAGAAUUUGAUGUCUGGUGAUCUUCCGUCGUGGAUUUUCAGGUCAGAUUUGGAGAAGGUUUUGGUGGCAGAAAACAGAAUGAGUGGUAGCUUGAAAAACCCUUUGUAUUCUUUUACUGAAGUUGCGGUUCAGAGUCUUCAAGUUUUGGAUUUCUCUCACAAUGCAUUUUCUGGUGAAAUCACUUCUGGUGUUUCGGGUUUAAGCAGCUUGAGGGUUUUGAAUUUAUCGUAUAACUCUUUGAGUGGUCAUAUUCCGGCCACAAUUGGCGAUUUGAAAACGUGCUCUAGUCUUGAUUUGAGUUAUAAUAAGCUAAACGGAAGCAUACCAUGGGAAAUUUGUGGAGCUGGGUCCUUGAAAGAGCUUAUUUUGGAAAAUAACUUCCUUGUUGGGGAAAUUCCAACCUCAAUUGAGAACUGUUCUGCAUUAACAACUUUGAUUCUGUCGAAGAACAGACUGAGUGGGUCGAUACCUGCAACAGUUGCAAAACUAUCCAACCUGCAAACUGUGGACUUAUCAUUCAACAACCUUAUUGGAAUCCUUCCGAAGCAACUGGCCAACCUUCCCAAUCUGCUGACCUUCAAUUUAUCUCACAACAACCUUCGAGGUGAACUGCCUGCUGGUGGUUUUUUCAACACCAUUUCGCCUUCUUCCGUUUCUGGAAAUCCAUUUCUUUGUGGCUCUGCUGUGAACAAAAAAUGCCCUACUAAACUCCCAAAGCCUAUUGUUCUGAAUCCCAACAUUACUACUGACCCUGACCAGAGUUCACUUUCACCAACGAUGGGUCGCAAGAGAAAUAUCCUCAGCAUUUCAGCACUCAUUGCUAUUGGUGCAGCUGCUGUCAUUGUAAUUGGGGUCAUUAGCAUCACUGUUCUCAACCUCCGGGUUCGGUCCACCACAUCUCGAUCUCCAGUCGCCCUUGCUUUUUCUGCAGGGGAUGAGUUCAGCCGUUCGCCAACAACAGAUGCCAAUUCUGGCAAGCUUGUCAUGUUUUCAGGUGAGCCUGAUUUCAGCUCUGGAGCUCAUGCUUUGCUUAACAAGGAUUGUGAGCUUGGGCGUGGAGGAUUCGGGGCAGUGUAUCAAACAGUUCUUGGAGACGGGCGUUCAGUUGCUAUAAAGAAGCUCACCGUGUCAAGCCUUGUGAAGUCUCAAGAAGAUUUUGAGAGGGAAGUGAAGAAAUUAGGAAAAGUCAGACACCAAAAUCUCGUCGAACUCGAAGGCUAUUAUUGGACUUCAUCGCUCCAACUUCUCAUAUACGAGUUUGUCUCCCGUGGCAGUUUAUAUAAGCAUCUCCACGAAGGGUCUGGCGAAAACUUCCUUUCUUGGAACGAAAGAUUCAACGUCAUUCUCGGGACAGCAAAGGCUUUAGCUCACUUGCACCACUCUAACAUUAUUCACUACAACAUUAAGUCAACCAACGUCCUUAUUGAUAGCUACGGCGAACCUAAAGUAGGGGAUUUUGGCCUAGCAAGGCUGCUACCAAUGCUUGAUCGCUACGUCUUGAGCAGCAAAAUUCAGAGCGCACUCGGCUACAUGGCACCUGAGUUUGCCUGCAAAACAGUGAAAAUAACCGAGAAAUGUGACGUGUAUGGGUUUGGAGUUCUGGUUUUGGAGAUAGUGACAGGGAAGAGGCCUGUAGAGUAUAUGGAAGAUGAUGUUGUGGUACUUUGUGACAUGGUUAGAGGAGCAUUGGAUGAAGGAAGGGUAGAAGAAUGUAUUGAUGAGAGGCUUCAAGGUAAAUUCCCGGUAGAAGAAGUGAUUCCUGUGAUUAAGCUUGGUUUGGUAUGUACUUCACAAGUACCAUCUAACAGGCCAGACAUGGGAGAGGUAGUUACCAUAUUGGAGCUAAUUAGAUGCCCCUCUGAAGGACAAGAAGAGUUGUUGAAUUGAAUUGAAUUGAAUUAACUUGUUAUUUUCUUGAUUAGGAGAUUAGAGAGACCAAUGAAUGGGUUAAUCCGGGGAAGAAGAAUCCGGUUUUUUAUUAAUUAAAGAGACAGAGAAAUUGUUUUUAUUUUUAAUGUAAUUUUAUUUUCUUGUUAGUGUCUAGUUUGUUUUACUAUUAAGAUUAAGAUUUCUCUGUUGUUGUUGUGGUGGUGGUGCUAUUGCUGCAUGUAGGAUACCGGAUUCUUUUUCACCAGUGUUCCAAUUUGAUAUUUCGUAUUCUUCUUUGUUU